AUGGAGUUAUCACUGGAGAGAACUUAUCCUUUGUAUGAUAUUGGUCAAAAUCCAUUCAUUCAUCCUGCCAUUGAAACUGCUUUUGUCAAAGUCACCAAUAACCUCCGUGUUGCUGGAUCCAGUGGUCAUUUCCCUUGCAACCUUACCUCGCCAAUUAUCGUCAUUGAACACAAAUGGUCUCUCGUGAGAAGCGGUUUGGGUGCUGCUGAAAGCCAUUGUCUCAAUCUGUCGGGCACGUGCAGGAGAGACAUCUGCAAAGUAACAGAAGAUGAAAUUGGUGGCUGCCGGAGAAGAUGGAAGUGCUGUAGACUGUGGUGGAUUCUCUUGCCAAUUCCAACGCCAGUCAUCUUUUCAGAUUAUCAAGAACCCAUUAAGCCUCGGUUGAAAUAA